AAAGAUCAAAAAAUCCCACAAAGGUUUUACAGUUACCAUUUCUGGCCGGUGGUACUACUCCCACAUGCACUUCCUUUUAUGCUGAAGGUUGGUCCUCAUCUAAUCUUCUCAGCCCUCAGAUAAAGCUGUAGGUGAAGUGCUUAUCUAGUUACGAGUAGUCUGUUUAGAAGCAGACCAUGUCGCAUUCGUCUUUGCCUGGCAGGGAAUAGGCCAGAGGUUCUCCCUGAAUGGUUGUUAAAAUGAACCAUGGUGCAGUGGUUUUUUGUCGGGGUGAAGGAUGACCUUCAGAGGAUACAGAGGUAAUCUAGUAAUCUAGGCAGGCUUUUCAUAACAAUAACAAAAUUCACCCCCUGAAUUUGCAAGUUCCCCUGCAGGUGGGCCCCACCAGCUACCACUGACCACAGCUGCCAGGACUGUCCAGCAGGCCAGGUGACCUUGGGCACACUGUAUUGCUCCUAAUUCUCAUUACCAUCUGAGCCAACCUCAGAAAAUAUGUUUAAGUGUUUGCUUUUAGAUGGUUUCUGGUUUAGAGUGAAGAAGGACAAUGAAGCAGGUUAUAAAAAAGCACUUAACAUUUACCCUGUUCAGAGUUUGACCUGUUUGAGCAUACCUUCUCUGUUGUGACAACUCUGUACAGGGAAGAAAGACGUCCUUUUCAACUCGAAGCAGCAGUUUCAGUGGCUGUUUCAAGUGUCACUUUCCAAAAGGAGAUAACAUCAAAGAAACAACACCUUAUAAGACCAGUAAUCAACUUGAAUUCAUGAUUUGUUGAGUUUCAUUAUUCUCUCAAUAUACAUUUAUCCAAAUCAUACUUCACACGAUGCCCUGUGUUCUGUGGCUACAAAACUGAGUGCACCUCUGCCCUUGAGGAACUUACUGUGCGGUGGGGAGAUGGCCCAUGAACUUCACUGUGGUAGGUGCACCUGCAGAAAUGGACAGAGCUUGAUAUGAGUUCAGAGGGGUAGAAUCCAGCUGGCCUCUAGUGGGGGCUCCUGAGAAGGGCUUGAGUUAAAUUUUGAAGAAUGAACGGGAGUGGCAAGACCAUGUGAGGGAAAGAGACUUCCAGGCAAAGGGACAGUGUGUGAAGUACGGGGCACACCCACCCACGGGCUGUUGGGAGAAGGGCAGUGGAUAGCUCCGGUGGUUGGGGUGAAGAGAGGGAGAUGAAGUUAAGGAGCUAGGCUGGCGGCAGAUCAGGAAGGCUUUGAGUACCAGGCCCGAGCUUAAAUUUUACCCUGAUAGCCGUGGUGGGCCACUAAAGGAUCUUGGGUUUGUUUGUGACUGGUUAGAUUGUGCUCUCAUGGGUGACCAUACAGUUGUGGCCAGAAUGGGCUGCUGAAGGGCUGCCCUGGGUAAAGGGUGCCUAACGGGAUACUGUAACACACCUAGCAAGACAAAAGGCCCAGUACCGAGGAAGGGCAGUGGGGAUCAAAAAGAGAGCAAGACCAGGAGACAAUUGGCUGUGGGAAUGGGAAGGGCUAGGGAUAAAAGAGGACUUAGAGAACACUCCAAGACUGGCUGACUGGCAGCUGGUAGGGCCAUGCCACACACAAUAUGCAGGAAGGGAGCAGGCCUGGGAAUGGAUGAUGACUUUGAAUACAGGGAUGUUGAGCUGAGGGUGGAUGAGACUUCCUGGGUAUAUGUUGAUCUGGAGCCAAGGAGAGCAAACUGGGUUCAAAAGCAUUCUGGGCACUUGUUCCUGUGUGGCACUGAAGCCAGAGAGUAGAGUGGGAGAGUGUAUGGAAUGAGGAAAAGAAGACCAAACCCUAGAGGUACCUAAUGUUUUAUGUCCAUAAAACACAGAGGAAAUAAAGUAACAAAACUGAUUAAUAAGCUCUUGCCUUUGUGGGACAUGGAGGCAGAAUAGUGGGUUUUUCAUUUCUGUCACAGAGCCCUAGUUUGUUGGUUAAACAGCAAAAUGGAAGAUACUAGAGUUACAAAAUCACACAAUUGAUUCCAGAGGCCUUCUUGUCUUGUAUGUUUAUUUGCCUUUUGGGAAGCUUCCAGAUUGUCACUCGUCUCAAAGGACCACCUUCCCUUCCAGACAGAGGGUUGGUGCUCUCAGACCUUUCUCGCAAUUAGAUCUCCGAAAUAAAACCUUCUGAGACAUAGAGACAGAUCCGAGGUUGCAGAGUUCUCUGGGUCCUCUUGCUCUCCUUCCAGGACUCCAGUUUCUGUGUAAUAGAUCAGCAUUAGCAGCUGGUGGGAAAAAUUCUUGGGGAUGCAGAGGCCAGGAGCGUAGUGCCCCCUCCCCAGUCUUUCUCCCACAGUGAGGGGCACACAGGAGAGGCUGAGGAAAGGCUCAUGUUGCAAAAGGAGUCUCUGUUUGCCCACAAGGCAGUGCAUGGCCCUGCAGGCCUGUGCCAACUUCUGGAUAAGUGCUGUUUGUUAGCAGUUACCUUUGUCUCUUAUGGAACCUACUCACUUGGAGCAUGUGAGACAGGAUCUCCUUCUGUCUUGUGCAGUUAAAUUCCCCCACCUGGCCGUGGGACCUUAUCUGUCUCAGCCAGGUAUUGCCCAGGGCUCUGCUGGCAGGGGUCACAUGUGAGCCAUUGUGGUUUCUCCCUCCAUCCCGCCCAGACUGCGCUCUCCCUUUACAGGUGAUUGAGAAGGCACUACACGUGGCUUGGCCUGUUUCCCAUAAUCUGAAACUGUGUGUUUGCCUAAUUGUUACACAAUUUUAAUUGGAUACCACACACACUAAGGGUUAUUGUUUACCUAUAGGUGAUUCUGUUACCAAUAAAAGCCCUUCUGCUGUGUAGUGUACUAAAUGUAUUCAUUACCUGUGUCCCCACCAAAAGUUUCCCUGGUUUCUGCCCCUUCAGCCUUUCCUUGUAUCAGUUUGCCAUCAUUCCCUGAUAAUCUUCUGUAAUUCCUUUUUCCUCAAGGAUUGUUCCAGCCUUCAUAACUUGGUUAACCUGUGGGCCUUAGAAAGAUCCAGGUGUAUACAUUAACUCCACCUGCCUCUGAUUUCUUUCCCUGCCUUCCUGGACUGUCCCCUCCCCACCUCCCAGCCCACAAGAGCAUUCUCCUUCCUCAGUGGCCCCAUGAACCCCAGGGCUCUGUCUUGGACCCUUUGGCUUCUUGGAGCCCAUGAAGCUGGACUGUAGAGCUGUCUUUGACUCUGCACCAUGAAUGACCCGCACCGGCCUGCCCACUUAAAGAGCUGAAGGGCUCCCCGGCCCCAAGUGGCCAUGCUCUCCAAGACCUGUCCUGUGCCCACGCUGUUUCUGCUGCUUCCUAGGCAAAGGCCUUCUCAGUGUUCAGGAUCUAACUGAGGCAGGUGCUGGCUUAGGGAGGCUUUCCAGGCCCAUCUUUCCUCACAGGCUGGGCACCCGACACCCUGUGCUUUUCUCUCAUAGCAUCUGCAUCUGAGUUGGCAUGGUCAGUACACCCGUGUCCCCACAUCCAGAAGCUCAUUGAGAGCUAGGGCUAGGCUUUACAUCUUUGUAUUCCAGCACUUGAUGCACUGGCAUUCAGGAAGUGUAUCAAAUGCCUAUUAAAAUGAUUAAACCUGAAAGAUUCCCUCCCACCCCAGCUCUGUUGUCAGGUCUGAAGAUACUUGACUAGAGCCUGCUAUGUGCCUGGCCUUCCAAGGCACACCUGUCACAGGCGCUUUGCUUGGAAUUCAGACCAGUCAAGAUUCUAGCUGCCAACAGCUGGGUUCUCUUCCUCUGCUUCUCAUUCCAUGCAGCUAGCUGAUUUCUCCUGUGCCCUUUGUGGUGGUUUCCCCAGACCUACUGCUGAGCUCAGAAGAUAAAUACCCCAGGUUAGCAGAGCCCCAUUCCAACCCCAGCCCCUGCCUGUGGGUAGACCAGACCUGGCUGGGAAAAAGGUGUUCUGCCCAAGAAUGGGAUUUAGGGAACCUUUUUGAGUGGCUGAUAAGGUUAGGAAUCUGCCCUGCUCAGGUCCCACCCAUAGGCUCAGGUGCCCUGGUAAGACCUGCAUUUGAACUUGUGGCCAGCGGCAGCAGUUGGCCAACCAACUGGCCUGCGGUGCUGUGACUAACACCUCCUUAAUAGUUCCACCCCUUUAUACCUGGCACGUGCCCUCCAUUGUGUGCCAUCAGCAAAGGGCCUACUAUCAAGUUCCCCGUUCUCUGGCAGCCUGGUAGUCACUGUUGGAAUGCCAGUCACCAGCAGUAUUUGAAAAAUCCCUUUGCUCUGCCUUCUCAUCGUGUGAAGAUGUCUGCUGGGAAGAUCACACCCCUAGAACAAGUUGGCGAAUAUUCCGUGUUGUUAUUAUUUAGAAUUAAAUUUUUCUCUUGGGCCUAGGUGGUUUGGGAUUUUCCUGAGUCUCCAUCUAUUUCCUUCUUUCAUUUCCACCUUCCUGGUGUGAGACACCAGGGCUCAAAAGCCACAAUACAGUAGAACAGCCGGACUCAUUGCAGACCAUCACCACAGUGUGCCAAGUUGAAACCAAUUUGAAUGAGGAGAGGUGGUGUGCAGGUAGGCCAACCUCAGCCCUGCCUGGGAUAUCGGAAGGGCUGAAAGGACUGGUGAAGGAGAGGGCAUUUGGGCCAAGGCUUGAAGCCAUUUGGCCUGAGGGGAGAAAGGAGAACAGGUGUGUUCUGCCUUUCUUACUUUCCACUGUCAAGGUUCCUGACGCUGCCACUGGAGGGCAGGUAGGGCCAGAUCCUGAAGGGGGGUCAGGGGCAGGAAAGGGCUUCAGGUAGAGUGGGGCAGAGCGGGUUGAGAGUCAGAGCUGAGUUGCACUGGUGUCACAGGGAGUAUGUGAAGGUUGGAAGACUUAAGGAAAGCCAUUGGAGGUAUGGGACUUGAGUUCACAAGAGAAAUCUAGGCUGAGAAGAGGAGGGACUGCAGCAAAAGGGACAUUUGAGGGACAAGAGCAUCAGCAGCAGGAGAGGUAAGGAGACAUAUACGAGGGAGGGGCUGCAGGAGGCCCAGGGAGAGGAGAGCUGAGAACAGUGGGGUCAGCACUGGGCGCUCCAGGGAGGUAAGGGCUCAGAGGUAUCAGGUCUGGCAGCUGGGUGGUGAAGGCGUGAAGGACGAGGAGGGAGGAGAUGGAUACAGCCUGCUCUCACCAGAAGCUUGACUGGGAAGGAAAGGAGAGACUUAGCUGGAGUGGAGUAUCGGGUGCUGUGUUUGGGGGUUUGGGGGCCUGUCUGUAAUGGCAGAGGGUGCACUAGAGAUGCAGGAGAGUUCAGGUCCCCAGGAGCUGAGAUCCAGGAUCAAGGGUAGGGGAAUGCAAACUGAGGGCCAGGGUCUGAGAGGAGAGUAGGCUCUUUCCUGACACCUGUUUCUGGAGGACAGUGAGAGGCGUGAAGCAGUAAGCUAGUGCGGGGAACCAGAGAGGGUGCUGGCGAGACGUGAGAGAAGGGCUGCCAGGUGGCUCUGACGGCCACAAGCAGGGUAGUCUGAUUUUUUCCCCUUUGCAGUUGGUGUGCAAGAGUGGAGAAGCACGCUGUCAGACUGGCUUCUUGUGGGGGUUUUGCCUGGUAGCUGAUACAGGAGCACAGGAGAGAUGGGAGCUGAGGCUUGGAGGGAUGGAUCCAGGCUGAGCAGACAAGUAAAGCCACGAAGGACUGCUCAAGUUGGGAGAGGUCCACCCUGAAGAUCCCAGCUAAAUUAGCCACCGCCCUCCAGACAUGCUGUGUGGUGUCCCUAUCUGAUCACUGUCUGCAAUUCUUAUGAAUGUUUUCGAUGCAGGAGAAACUGGAAUGAUCUGGUCAUUUACCAGAACUCACUGAAGCAAACCCUUGUGAUAUCUUGACAGUUGUACCAUCGCAGGCAGAAAGGAUAUAGCAUGGCAAACAGGUUAGCAGAAGAGCCUCAGAGAGGGGGCUGCUGGAUUUAGCUGCUCUUUGCCCCCUCCUAGCAGCCCAGAGCCUCCUCACAGGCACACCCUGCACGAUGGACUCCCCAGGGUACAACUGCUUUGUGGACAAAAACAAGAUGGACACCGCCAUCCAGGACCUGGGGCCCAAGGAGCUGAGCUGCACCGAACUGCAGGAGCUGAAGCAGCUGGCGCGCCAGGGCUACUGGGCCCGCAGCUACGCCCUACGGGGAAAGGUGUACCAGCGCCUGAUCCGGGACAUCCCUUGCCGCACAGUCACCCCCGAUGCCAGUGUGUACAGUGACAUUGUUGGUAAGAUCGUGGGCAAGCACAGCAGUGGCAGCCUGCCUUUGCCUGAGUUUGUGGACAACACGCAGGUGCCCAGCUACUGCCUGAACACGCGGGGCGAGGGCGCUGUGCGUAAGAUCCUGCUGUGCAUCGCCAACCAGUUCCCGGACAUCUCCUUCUGUCCUGCCCUGCCUGCGGUCGUGGCCCUGCUGCUCCACUACAGCAUCGACGAGGCCGAGUGCUUCGAGAAGGCCUGCCGCAUCUUGGCCUGCAACGACCCCAGCAAGAAGCUGAUUGACCAGAGCUUCCUGGCCUUCGAGUCUUCCUGCAUGACAUUCGGGGACCUGGUGAACAAGUACUGCCAGGCAGCCCACAAGCUGAUGGUGGCUGUGUCCGAGGACGUCCUGCAGGUAUACGCGGACUGGCAGCGCUGGCUGUUUGGGGAGCUGCCCCUCAGCUACUUUGCUCGCGUCUUUGACGUCUUCCUGGUGGAAGGUUACAAGGUGCUGUACCGCGUCGCACUGGCCAUCCUCAAAUUCUUCCACAAGGUGAGAGCUGGGCAGCUGCUCGAGUCAGACAACGUGAAGCAGGACAUCCGCACCUUUGUCAAGGACAUUGCCAAGACUGUGUCUCCUGAGAAGCUGCUGGAGAAAGCAUUUGCCAUCCGCCUCUUCUCUCGGAAGGAGAUUCAGCUCCUGCAGAUGGCCAAUGAGAAAGCUCUGAAGCAGAAGGGCAUCACUGUCAAGCAGAAGAGUGUUUCACUUUCUAAAAGGCAGUUUGUGCACCUGGCUGUUCACGCGGAGAACUUCCACUCGGAGAUUGUUAGCGUGAAGGAGAUGAGAGACAUCUGGUCGUGGGUCCCUGAGCGGUUCGCCCUCUGCCAGCCCCUCCUGCUCUUCUCCUCACUGCAGCACGGGUACAGCUUGACCAGGUUCUAUUUCCAGUGUGAAGGACAUGAGCCCACCCUCCUGCUCAUCAAGACCACGCAAAAGGAGGUGUGUGGAGCUUACCUGUCAACAGACUGGAGUGAGAGGAAUAAGUUUGGAGGCAAACUGGGCUUCUUUGGGACCGGAGAAUGCUUCGUGUUUAGGCUGCAGCCCGAGGUCCAACGCUAUGAGUGGGUGGUCAUCAAACACCCGGAGCUGACCAGGCCCGUGUCCGUGGAACCCACCACCACUCUUUCCUCACUCUGCCACUCCACGUCCUCAGACCCUGCUGACCGCCUCUCACCAUUCCUGGCUGCUCGGCACUUCAACCUGCCCUCCAAGACUGAGUCCUUGUUCAUGGCCGGGGGCAACGAUUGCCUCAUCAUAGGUGGAGGGGGCGGCCAGGCGCUGUACAUCGAUGGGGACCUGAACCGGGGCCGCACCGGCCACUGCGACACCUUCAACAACCAGCCGCUGUGCUCUGAGAACUUCCUCAUCGCUGCUGUGGAAGCCUGGGGCUUCCAAGACCCCGACACUCAGUGACAGGCGUAAGCCUCCAGUGGCCGAGCUGCUGCCGUUGGAGCCUGAAGCUUCUCCUGGGCCUCAUUGUGUGUUCAUGCCUGGAGAGGCCACCAAGGGAGGGGCCCUCUGACUGACCCGAAACCAGCCAGCUCCAUUUCCAGGGGCCUGCCCAGAGAAGCCUGGACCCAUGGAGUCUUCUUCAGCCCUCCUUCUCUCCAGCCUGGGGCCUCCUUAGCUCCCUGCAAGUCCCUGCAGCUGCCCCAUUUUGCUGCAGUGACCUGGGCCCCAGGAUCCCAUCUAGACCCCUCAGGGGCAUUCUCCUCUCCCAGCCCUUCCCCCUCCCCUUCACUGGGCUCCACACGCCCAUGCGCUGGGGCUGCACCUUCCCCAGCUCCCUGCCCACGUGGCUCCUUCAUGAUUCUUCCCACUGUGUAGCACAAGUUCUCCCUCUGCGUCCCUCUGCCUCCCUCUGCCAGUACUGUGGUUGGCCACAGAACGUGGUUUCCCCCACCCUCCCUGCCUGGCCCUACCCUGGGCCUAUGCACAGUAGGUGCCAAGUGAAGACUGGCCAGUGAGCAUUGCAGGGAGCGGCUCUCUCACCCUGUGACCUCCCUCAGCUGGUCCUGAGGGCCUGGGUACCCCAGCGGGAAGAAGGGAGAAGCAGACACCCAAGCGGCUGUACCGGGACCAGGGCAGCCUGGGCCACAGAUGCCAGGGGGUCUUGCCCCUCAGGUCGAUUCCCACUUGGCUCUACCCCUGUCAGUGUCCCCACACACCACACCCCUGUCCUCCACACUUUGCUUGCUCUUCCCGUGGGGCGCUCAUCCUCCUCUGCCCACCUGCUCAUGUCUCCCCUGAGCCAGGCCAUAGUGGUACAGAAAGAUGGACCAGGAACCCUGUGUGACUUUGAGCAAGCCAGUGAGCCUCCCUGGAACUGUUUCCCCAACUGUAAAAUGGGGCCAGUCACCCUGCUCUGCUGUCCCUAUAGGACUGUUGAGAGGCUGUGAGGGGGACAGUGACUUCCUGUGGAAGGGAGAGGUUCUGGGAAGUGGUGUCACAGCACCCCCCCCCCCCACUGCAGCCCUUGCUGUCUCCCUUCCUCUGAGCCCGCACAGCCCUCAUCUGUACUUCGGUGUUCAUUAAACAUGGUCUUGUUACAUGAACUCCAGGGAUCUGAAUCUGGUUUCUUCAACCAGAGGGGCCUCCAGGGGCUCCCCCCAGGCAUGCCACCAAGUGGGGUGCAGCCUCCUGCUUGUCAGUGUUCUAUCACGGGGAUGUCCUUUUAAAAACAUAGCCUUUCAGAAGCAGCUGAAGGCAUAUCUGAGCACUUUUCACACAGCUUCCUCUGCAAACUUCCUGAACCGAGGUGUUCUUUUGCUGGUGAGUAAGUCCAGAGGACUCUCUGUGACUGCCCCAAGGGCCCCUGCCCAACCUUCCCAGAGGUCUGGCCCACAGAGGAUAGUUGCUGCUUAGUCAUAAUUUCUGUAUCAUGAGAUCUUUGCAUGUGCAUGCAAAAUACUCAUUGUCUUUGAAUUUCAUAUCUUUUUACUUAUUUACUAAAACUAAAAGAUAUGUGUGAUUAUUAUCCUUAUUAUCUGAUAUUAGGUAUUCCCAAAUAUGGCAUAAUUUAUUUUGUUAAUAUUCUUUGUUAUUCCUGAUUAUUUAUCAUUAGCUUUUGAUGUUAAAAAUUAGCCAAAGUUUUAUGGAAUUGCAUAAUGAGUUAUCAUUUGUUUUUCUAGAAACAUUUGCAAGUUCGUUUUAAAAACAAAACAUUGAACAUAGUUUAAACCAGUCCAUUAAAUGAUUCAUCGAAGUGGACUGUAUGCCUUUAAGGCUUCAGAAAAUCAGUUUUCCAAAAAUAACUUAUAAUACAAAAGUAAGUCAUUUGUAUUUUAUAAAUUUUUCAGUUUUAGUUAUUUAAUUAAAAUUAGUAUUUCAAUUUUUCCUAUUUGUUUAAGUUCCAUGCUUAAAUUUUUUUACUUUUUCAAGGCAACUUAUUUUUAACACUUCUGAAGAUUUCAGAAGAACUUCAACUUCCUCUUAUCCAUUUCCUGAAGUGACAAAGCCUUUAUUAUACUCUCCUUACAUAUUUUAUAUUUCGUAGAUUAUUUUUAUAACUUUAUUUUGAAAUAAUUUUAGAUUUACAGAGGAGUUUCCAGGAUGGUACCAACCUCCUACAUACCCUCCCCAGCUUCCCCCAGAGUUAACAGCUCACAUUUAUCAAAACUAAGAAAUUAAUAUUAGUAUGAUGCUAGAAACGUAAACUACAGUCUUUAUUCAGAUUCCCUUUUUUGUUCCAGCAAUAGAUUUAAUUUUUAUAGAUACUUCCUUUCCCACAUUUUAUUUAAAUCCUGAAUGUCAUCAAAUACACAAGACUAACACUGGUCAAAAAAAAAUGGCCAGGCAGUACAGCGAAUGUCUCAAACAUGAAUUCAUAUGUCUUGAUUGUCCUCCCCAAAAUGUCCUGUUUGCAGAAGAGGUUACCAAGUGAGGCAGCAGUGCUGAGACUGCCUCACAGGUGCUUCACACUAUGCUGUCAAGUUAAUAGAAAAGUGUGUGGAUUUUAAAAAAUAGCCUGCUGUCAAAAAAAGAAAAAAAGCAUGACCUUUGUUAUAUUCAGGUCAGAUUGUGCCGGAAACUGUUAGGUGCAGUGUCACGUUACUGUCGCUAGGGCUGAAAUGCCUCCCACAUGUGCAGAGGCCCCCAUUUCACGUGACCAUAUGGAAUUUAUCAAGGCCGUGCUUGGGACAGAGGAAGCAGAAUCAGUGGACCCACUGUCAUGCAGACACUCUGACCCAUGUCAUGACAGAACACAACAAACAAAAGGCUUCUGCUUUAGAUCGCUGAAGCCCCAGGCAUGGCUGCUCAGCUCGGUUUGCCAGUUAUAAGCGCCCCUGGCCAGAGGCAGCCUACGGGUCUGAUCUCAUCCAUCGGUGCCAUCGAUAGCACGGGGAAGUUCACACAAUCCAAGCUGUCCUGUCCCCUGUUUUUAUCUUCCCGUGAAGACGGAGGGACACAUCUCUGUCCUAUUACUUCCUGAAGUGCAUUGACUGGCUAAGGACAUGUUUUGUCAAAAGCUUGCAAGCUAAAGAUGGAAGAGAAAAAAAGUUGUGUGACUAAUUUUACUCUCUUGUUCUUACGUAGGAUAGUUAUUGGUUGAAAAAUGGAUUGCUGGGCUGACAUUGUGGAGCAUUUCAAUGAAUGUAAUAGAAAUUCCAAGGACCUUGUGAAGAUACAUGUAGUGAGUGAAUGUGUGGCUUUGAAGCAAAAUCUAACUUUGGAAAAGUGAAAAUAAGUGACUUAGUAAUAUGUUUGGUCAGUGUUAAUUUGAGUCCUAAAUAAACAAAUGGAUCAACAUCA